CUUAGCUCUGGACAGCGUCGGGUCAACACCAGUGGAAGGUCAGUGCUGCAGAAAUCUCUAAGACUGUUCUGUUCUUCCGAGCACAAUGGCUUUGUCAGACGAUUAUCUGUAUCAUUACGACUAUAAUAACUACAGCUACGAAGGCAUUUUGACUCCAAAUGAGGAGCCUGUUUUCCAGCACAAAGCAACGUGUUUAAAGGAGGCGCUGUGUGUGUCUUUACUCGUGGUCAGCGUGCUCAUUUUUCUGCUGGGCUUCUUUGGAAAUGCUUUGGUCAUCUGGAUUUCUGGCUUCAAGAUGAAGAGGACGGUCAACACCAUCUGGUACCUGAGCCUUGCGAUCUCUGACUUCGUCUUCUGCGGCUUCCUCCCGUUCAGCAUCGCCAACAUGGUGAUGGAGGAGUGGAUCUUUGGCCUCUUCAUGUGCAAAUUCACCUCCUCCGUCAUGUUCAUCAACAUGUUCAGCAGCAUCUUCCUCCUGGUCAUCAUCAGCGUCGACCGCUUUGUGUCAGUCGUUUUUCCAGUUUGGGCGCAGAACCAUCGCAGCGUGAAAAUGGCCUCCGUUACCGUUGUCCUGGCUUGGCUUCUCGCUAUUGCACUAAGCGUUCCCUCUAUGAUCUUCCGGGAUGUUAGCACCCACCUGGGCACGACCAUAUGCUACAACAACUACACAUUAAACCACAGUCACAAGAUAGUCGUAUUUAGCCGCCUCCUUGCAGGGUUUGUUAUCCCUUUCAUCAUCAUCAUCGUCUGCUACUCCAUCAUCAUCCUCAAACUUCGAAACAACAGGAUGACCAAAUCCUCCAAACCCUUCAGAGUCAUGACAGCGCUCGUCGCUGCUUUCUUCAUCAGCUGGCUGCCCUACCACGUGUUCGUCCUGAUGGAGCUGAACCACCAAAACUACGACCACCGCAUUUUAAUCACCGGACUCAAAGUAGGCACUUCGAUGGCUGCGGCGAACAGCUUCCUCAACCCAGUGCUCUACGUUUUCAUGGGCAAUGACUUCAAGCAGAGGCUCAAGAGCUCUCUGCUUUCAAAGAUGGAGAACGCGAUGGCAGAUGAAGGUCGCACCACCAGCCGAUACCUGUCCAGGUCCAGCUCCAUGGACGCCAGAGCUUCCACACACAUAUAGAGGUGUCAGGUUACUCCAAAACUGUUGUGCUCAGCAAAAAUACUGUGUAUAAAUAUGCAUUAAUUACCCUAAGAUAUGAAAUAUGCUGCUUACGAAAACACACUCGUGAGUCAAGUCGAUAUAGAGUCGUGGUAUGGAUGGACCUUUUCGUUGCAUUCGUUUCAUUUAUAACUGUACAUGUAGUUGUACAAUGCAAGGACUGUAAAAUGUAAGGUAUACAUUGUGAUGAUAAACAUAGAAAUAUGUAAUCGUCACAUUAACCAUUGUCUGAAAUUGGAUUAAGCAGAAUGAGCAGUGGACGGGCUCCUUGCAGCAUCAACUUUCACAAAUCUUUGUUGGUUUCAAAUUGCAGAUGAACUUGCAGGUCUCUCGAUGCUCAUGCAUGGAUUGCAAGUAUUGCGUAUUCAUUAUUGAACCACGUCAAAAUUCAACAGGAGAGGAGAUAAUCUCAUGUUGUAAAUUCUUUGUUGUACAGUUUUCAUUUGCUUCCUCGGCCUCCGAACUGAAAUAAUAAGCACAAUCCCACACAACUGGAAUGAAGAGAAGAAAAAGAGAAACACUCGUUGAUGGAAAAGAACCAAGAAUUUAUUAUUGGUAUUUCUUUUGAACAUAAAACCUCAACUGUUUUCCCACCUAAAGGGAUGUUCUGGGGUUUCAUUUACUGACACCUGCUAUUUUUGUGUUGCAGCAUUUUUUUGUGUUGUAUCAGACUGACCUGAAUAAAAUGUGCAGAUGGGUGGAGGACGGCUGUUGAGGUAUGCGCUGUGCAGUUAGUUCUCAUGAAUCAGAGACGUAGAGAAAUAGCUGCUGUCCUCUGCUGCGCUGCUUUCUAAUAUGUUUUUAUUGUAUGAGGUAAAUGCAUUUCUCUCUCAACAUGAAGCAGUUCAAAUGAAAGACACCCAGCUGUCCGUUCCUUUUGACACACAGCUUGUUGAAUAGACCUGUACUUGCCUUAUUUCAUGUAUGUAUGAGCUGUACAGUCAAUGUGGUUGGUGCAAUAAAUGUUUGAAUAUUUUUUUCCUCCUUGUUUCUGUUUUGUUAAAUAAAGCAGUAACUAUUCCAA